AAAAUGGACCCAAAGUACAGCAGAUCACAGCAUCUUUGUGGCAAAUUAUGUGUCAGUGACGAGCAAUGAGGUCAUAGAUGAUGAUGAAAUGGAUAACUUUUUGCCAGAGACUUCCUGGACCACUUCCCGCGUGGUUUCUCCCGUACGAUACGUCACACUCGGUCUGCCAGGGCUGCUUAAAGAAACGUUAGACUCCAUGCCGACUCCAUCGUUACCCAUCAUUUCUUUACAAGAUGAAGACGUGACAUCAGCCUGGCAAAACACAGUGCAACAGCCAACAGUGUCUGCUGAAUCCCCCAAUCAUUUCAGUGCUUUUCGGUCAGCUUUUCCCACUUCCAAGGGCAUAAUUCCAACUCCUAGCAGGAACUUGGUGUUUUAUCAUACUGACGCUUACGGGCACGUUUCAAGUAGGACUUUGCCGGAGAUCAUGGCUUCAGGAGCAGAGGGCGCAGAAACCCUCCUCAGCUCGCGGUAUUCCGAGCCUCGACCGCCACAUGAUGGCGUCACUCGGCAGCCUCCUCCCCCGUCAGGGCAGGUCUCACCGCCUCCAGAGGAUGCUCUGGCCGCAGGUACAGACAGAUACUCUGAUGUGACCACCGCUUUGGGUCAAAGUCUGGAUGAAGCCGCCUCUCCAGGCGCUCGCGGCUCUGCGGCUCUGUCCCAGAUGGCCCUUGCCUUUGGCAGCAGCAGUGCACGUUUGGCUUUGUUUUCAACUCCUCUCGUGUCUGGAUUGUUCUCUACUCAAUCAGCCGGUGUUUCAUAUAACCCCUGUCUUCCCGCCAGCUCCAGUGAGGCAUCAGAACUGCCUGGCCAUUCAGUGGUCCCAAGUGGUGCGGGUGACACUCACGUCUGGAGCCCAGUGUCUUCGUUCAGACCGUACACGUGGUGCGUGUCGUGCACUGCGGUGUCGCCUCGGCCCGUGCUGUCAGCGAGCCUCACGGAGAAGGACGUGGGGUCCGGGGAUGGUGCCGAGACCCUGUCCCUGACCCUCUCAGAGGUGAGCAGCAUCUCUCCACCGAGCAGCGCCAUGGUGGACUUCUCUGAAUUUGACGAGGGCCCACGAGAAUUUCAUACACUUUUCCCCUCAAGACCGAUGGUUCCCCUCUCUUCUCCAUCUCUGGAAGUCUCAGCAACGAGCGUCGGUAUUUCAGCUGAGGGGGAAAUGAGUAGUGUGAUGACCGCACAGGUGUACCCUCCCCAGGGCCACCUCUCUGUGCCUGUGUCACCUGACGCUGCUGCUUCUGCCUCCUCCUCUGUCGCCGAAACUCAAGUAAUGCCAUCCAGUGUGACAGCCGUGCUUUCCUCGGUCACCCCAGGUGCUCUCCUUGACUCUUCUUUCCCCAUCACAGCAAAUAAAAACACCCCAUCGCUUGCCGUCAGAGGCCCAGGUCUUCUUACGUCUCACAGUUUGGACCUGUCGGCACAGCCUUCGCUUUUUCCUGACGGAGAACCUGCCGGUUUUUCCCAACGUGAAAGUGCAAGUAUUUGGGAUUUUACAUCCAGCUUUCUCUCCACUCCACCCCUGGAAUUCAGCAGCUGGGUCUCUCCAUCUUCAGAAGUACUUGCUUCUCCGUCUCCGAGGUCAAGUGAUCUGUCCACCUUCAUUUCUCAGGCAUUUUGUACCUUGGUUGCGACACUUUCGUUGACCAACUCUGUCAGUUCUCGGUCACCUCAGCUUUCUGUUCCCAAUUCCACAAACCUUGACUUUUCUCAGCUCUGGCCAAGCUCAGAUCUUCCUUUAAGCAGCUUCACUUUUCUCCCCAGUUACUCUGAAAUGUCACUACCCUCCAGCUUUCCCUCCAGUUCUCCAAAGUUUUCUGAAGCACCCACAGUGUCACCCACAGAUGGCGAAGCUCAUUUUACCUCAGCUUUCACUGCAACUACCUCCUAUUUUGAGUUUUCACUCAUGUCCCAUGAAUCUGCAGUCACCACACUGGUGCCCUCCAGUUCUGAGCCCAUUUUGACGGCUGAAACUCACUUAACAUCACUUCUGACUCCUGUUCCUACUACACCCGUUUUAACUGAAUCUUCUGUCUUUUCAACCCUGACACCUUCUGAUGAUGGUAUCAGUGCUGUGAACGAUCCCACGUCCGUCUUACCCUCUUUCUCUGAAGUCAUCCCUGUCACCACAGUGCUGGUCAGCACUGGGUACCUGCCAUCAGCAUCCUCGUUUCUUCCUGAGGUGAUCCGCUCGCCUCUGCCUACAGAGCCAGGUGGUACGCGUGGCCCAUCAUUCACACCCACAGACUUAACGAGGAACGCCUCCACUGAACUGAGCACACCUGAUACCAGUGCUGGCCCUGAGAAUUCUCUUCACACCACCCUGAACAGCAGAACUGUGGGUCAGAACCGUCACGAGGGCAGCACGGUUCUGCCCCCGCCAUCCCUUCAUCCCGCGACCACCCCCGCUCCCGAAGUGACGGUUCAUACUCCUGUGCUGGUCACCACCAAGUCGCCGUAUGUGUGUGAUAUUACGGUUCCUGAUGCCUAUUUGAUCACAACUGUGCUGGCCCGCAGAGCUGUGCAGGAGUACAUCAUUAUGUCCAUCAAAGAGGUGUUGAGGAACCACUUCAACCGGGUGGUGGAGCUCAAGGUUUAUGAACUGUUCGCUGACUUCACUUUUCUGGUAACAUCUGGUCCGUUCGUUUACACAGCAAUAUCAGUCAUAAAUGUACUUAUAAAUAGUAAACUUGUUCGUGACCAGACUCCUUUAAUCUUGGCUGUGAAACCCUCCUUCCUUAUGCCAGAGUCCAGGUUCCAAGUUCAAACGGUACUGCAGUUUGUGCCUCAGAGUGUGGAUACGGGCUUCUGCAACUUCACCCAGCGCAUCGAGAAAGGCCUGAUGAUAGCUCUCUCUGAAGUGAGAAAACACCACCAGGGGACGUAUAACCUCACAGUGCAGAUCUUGAAUAUCACCGUGGGGUCUUCAAGGCUGGCUCCUCGCCGGGGCCCAGUGAACAUUGUCUUUGCUGUCAAAGGCUCGCAGGGGUUUCUGAAUGGGUCUGAAGUGAGCGAAAUGCUAAGGAACUUGAGCGUGGUGGAGUUCAGUUUCUACCUGGGAUACCCAGUGCUGCAGGUUGCCGAACCCUUCCAGUACCCACAGCUUAACUUAUCGCAGUUGUUGAAGUCCUCUUGGGUAAGAACAGUCCUCCUGGGUGUUGUCGAGAAGCAGCUCCAGAAUGAAGUGUUUCAAGCUGAGAUGGAGCGCAAACUGGCCCAGCUGCUCAGCGAAGUUUCCACCAGAAGGCGGAUGUGGAGAAGGGCUACCGUCGCUGCCGGGAACAGCAUGGUACAGGUGGUAAAUGUGUCAAGGCUCGAGGGAGAUGAUAAUCCCGUGCAGCUCAUCUACUUUGUGGAGGAUCAAGAUGGAGAAAGACUCAGUGCAGUCAAGUCUUCAGAUCUGAUUAACAAGAUAGAUAUCCAGAGAGCAGCCAUCAUCUUGGGUUACCGAAUUCAAGGAGCUGUUGCCCAACCUGUGGACAGGGUGAAGAGGCCGUCCUCCCCUGAGUCUCAGAGCAGCAGCCUCUGGGUCAUUGUGGGCGUGGUCGUGCCAGUGCUCGUGGUGAUGGUGAUCGUUGUCAUCCUCUACUGGAAACUCUGCCGCACGGACAAAUUGGACUUUCAGCCUGACACCGUGGCCAACAUUCAGCAGCGUCAGAAGUUGCAGAUCCCUAGUGUGAAGGGCUUCGACUUUGCUAAGCAGCAUCUGGGUCAGCACAAUAAAGAUGAUAUACUGAUCAUUCAUGAGCCAGCCCCGCUGCCAGGACCUGUGAAGGACCAUGCCACGCCCUCUGAGAAUGGAGAUGUGCCGAGCCCCAAGGCAAAGAUCCCUUCCAAGAACGUCCGUCACCGAGGAAGAGUUUCUCCCUCAGAUGCUGACUCUACAGUAAGUGAAGAGUCCAGUGAGAGGGAAGCAGGGGACAAGACUCCAGGAGCGGUGACCGAUGGGGCAGCACCCAGCUCGGGGAAUGAGCAGCAUUCGUCAGCCUCCAUCUUUGAGCAUGUGGACAGGAUCUCCCGCUCCUCGGAGGCCAGUCGGCGGGUCCCCAAUAAGAUUCAGCUGAUCGCCAUGCAGCCCAUCCCGGCACCCCCAGUUCCACACCCCAUCCUGGCCGACCGAGUGGCCGAAACCAACAAAAUUAACAAAGAGAUCCAGACAGCACUGCGGCACAAGUCGGAGAUCGAGCACCAUCGGAACAAGAUCCGGCUCCGCGCCAAGCGCCGCGGGCACUACGAGUUCCCGGUGCUGGACGAGCUGUCGUCGGGAGACACGCGGGAGCGGCACCGCGUGUACCGCAGGGCGCAGAUGCAGAUCGACAAGAUCCUGGACCCCACGGCCAGCGUGCCCUCUGUGUUCAUAGAGCCCAGGAAGAGCUCCAGGAUAAAACGUUCUCCUAAACCACGCCGGAAACAUCAGGUCAAUGGCUGCCCCGGAGAUGCUGAGAAGGACAGACUUAUCACCACAGACAGCGACGGCACUUACAAACGACCCCCUGGUGUCCACAACUCUGCCUAUAUUGGUUGCCCGUCUGAUCCCGACCUCCCAGCAGAUGUGCAGACGCCGUCUUCAGCUGAGCUGGGGAGGUAUCCAGGCCUGCCCUUCCCAGCCUCCCAGUACAUCCCGCCCCAGCCGUCCAUCGAGGAGGCGCGGCAGACCAUGCACUCCCUCCUGGAUGACGCUUUUGCCCUCGUGGCCCCCAGCAGCCAGCCCCCUAACACUGCAGCUGCAGGCCCUGGGGUCCCAGCCGGCCUGCCUGUGAACAGCACCCCUUCCCGGGAAGAGAGACGAGCCACCCAGUGGGGGUCCUUCUACAGCCCAGCUCAGACGGCCAACAACCCAUGCAGUAGAUAUGAAGACUAUGGAAUGGCUCCCCCAUCAGGCCCAUUACCAAGACCAGGUUUUGGCCCCGGUUUGCUGCAGUCUGCGGAGCUGCUGCCUGCCGAGCCCCAGCAGCCCCAGGCCUCGUCUGAAGCCACCUCGUGUGCUGCCCGAGGGAUCUACCCUGACGAGGUGUCAUCGGUGGCCCGGCCUCGGCCUGUCGGGGGCACCACAGGCUCCCAGAUCCAGCACCUGACACAGGUGGGAAUUGCCAGCAGAAUUGGAGCUCAGCCAGUGGAAAUCCAACCCGGCAGAGGCAGCCAGUAUGGGGGACCAGGCUGGCCUUCGUACGGGGAGGAUGAAGCUGGCCGGAGAGAGGCUACACAUGUGCUCGGACAUCAGGAGUAUUCGUCACCGCUGUUCCAGGUGCCAAGGACUUCAGGUCGGGAGCCCUCGGCUCCUCCUGGGAACCUCGCGCACAGGGGGCUGCUGGGCGCCGGGCUGGCCUACCCUGCCAGCUCCACGGAAGACCUCCAGCCCAGCCACUCCUCAGCCUCUCUCAUCAAAGCUAUCCGCGAGGAGCUGCUCCGGCUAUCCCAGAAGCAGACCACCGUGCAGAACUUCCACAGCUGAUCGGCCCCACCUUGCAGAUUUGCCAAGUAUCCGCUUCCCGUGGAAGCAAGACUAAAAGGAAAUCAACUGAGCAGGUGUCUGGAAGAGGACAAGCAUCUCCUGGGCUGAGGGCCCAAGUAAGGGAACGAGUUGCAAUUGUAAAAGAUGCCAUAAGUCACGUGACAGCUCAUGAUGUUUUUAAUACGUUGGCAAUUUUGUGACCACCUGGGUUCAGUUGAAAUGUAUGUACUUUUGGCUAAAAGCCAGCAGCACUUCACGAAAGACGAACCACGAUUCUAAGCUAAUGAAGUGACUAAGUUAGUCUCUUUUUUAAAGGUGAAAGAUGAAAAUGUGUAGAUGGUGUAGGGAUUAAAGGAAUCUAGUAUUUCCGUGGGAAGAUGUGAUUCAGACUGGUUUGUACAAUGAACCUGCUGCUUUGUUUUCUGAGAAAAGAGAGUUGAAGACAUUCACAACUUAAUUUCCCUCUUUUCCUCCAUAGGAACUUAUUUUAAUAGUAAUAUUAACAACAUGAAUAGUAAGACUGUUUGGGAAUUUAAAGAGCUACUAGCGAGAAACCAAAUGCUAGAUUGUAGAGCCUGAUGAUUCCAAACGAAGCCAUCGACUGCAUUUUCCUUCUACUUCUGGUGCUACAGCUCCAAGAGCCCUUCACGUCGUCUGUGAAAUGCAACUUUGGCUUUCUCAGUGGAAGGAUAUGUGGAAGGUUUCAUUUUGUUCUAGAAAGGGGGAAAAAAAAAGCCUCCCAAAAUGGAAAAAGCUUAAUAUUUAUUUGGUUUUUCAAAAUACAUAUCAAAGUUUAGAUUUACA